AUGAUCCAUGGACGCAGCUUGUUUCACAUUGUAGCAAGUUUUAUCAUCCUACACUGGGCCGGGGCAACAAAAAAAGGAGCAGAAAAGCAAAGCAGUUCAGAAGGACAAAAGACAGUUCAGUGUGGAGUGUGGACAAAAUACGCAGAAGGAGGUAUUUUCACUUCCCCGAAUUAUCCCAACAAAUAUCCUCCUGACAGAGAAUGUGUCUAUAUUAUAGAAGCUGCCCCAAGACAAUGUAUUGAGUUGCACUUUGAUGAUAAAUAUUCCAUAGAGCCUUCUUGGGAGUGUAAAUUUGAUCAUAUUGAAGUGCGAGAUGGACCUUUUGGAUUUUCUCCAAUAAUUGGUCGUUUCUGUGGACAGCAAAAUCCACCUAAAAUAAAAUCCAGUGGCAGAUUCUUGUGGAUUAAAUUUUUUGCUGAUGGUGAACUUGAAUCUGUAGGCUUUUCUGCACAGUACAAUUUCACACCUGAUCCCGAAUUCAAGGAUCUCGGGGUUUUGAAACCAUUGUCAGUUUGUGAGUUUCAAAUGGGAGGAUCUGAAGGAAUUGUGGAAUCAGUGCAGAUCGGAAAAGAAGGGAAAGCUUCUGAUUCUGAGGCUGUUGAUUGUAAAUGGUACAUCCGAGCACCACCACGAUCCAAGAUAUAUUUACGAUUCUUGGACUAUGAAAUGCAGAAUUCUAAUGAAUGCAAAAGGAACUUUGUGGCUGUCUAUGAUGGAAGUAGCUCAGUGGAGGAUUUAAAAGCAAAGUUUUGCAGUACUGUUGCUAAUGAUGUGAUGCUGCGUACAGGUCUUGGAGUAAUCCGCAUGUGGGCAGAUGAAGGCAGUCGGAAUAGCCGAUUCCAGAUGCUCUUCACAUCUUUCCAAGAACCCCCCUGUGAAGCCAAUGCAUUUUUUUGCCAUAGUAAUAUGUGUAUUAAUAAUACUUUGGUCUGCAAUGGACUCCAAAACUGUGUAUAUCCGUGGGAUGAAAACCACUGCAAAGAAAAGACAAAAGCCAGCCUGUGGGAUCAGCUUACAAAUACCAGUGGGACAAUCAUUGGGGUGACUAUUUGCAUUGUGAUCCUCCUGAUCAUUAUCUCUGUUAUAGUCCAGAUCAAACAGCCUCGUAAAAGAUUUGUCCAGAAGAAAGCAGACUUUGAUCAAACAGUGUUCCAAGAGGUCUUUGAGCCGCCUCAUUAUGAGUUAUGUACUCUCAGAGGGACAGGAACUUCAGUGGACCUUGCAGAUAUUGCAGAUGACUUUGAAAAUUAUCAUAAACUCCGUAGAUCAUCUUCGAAAUGCAUUCAUGACCACCACUGUGGAUCACAAUUAUCUAGCACUAAGGGCAGCCAUAGUAAUCUUAGCACAAGAGAUACACCAAUCUUGACAGAAAUUCAACCCCAGCCUGCAAAACCCCUUAUCCAGCCUAUGAACAGAAGAAACAUCCUAGUCAUGAAGCAUAGCUACUCACAAGAAGCUGCUGAUGUGUGCGAGAUAGAUGAAAUUGAAGAGGUACCAACCACGAGUCACAGGCUGUCCAGACAUGAUAAAGCUGUUCAGCGGUUUUGCCUCAUUGGGUCUCUAAACAAACAUGAAUCUGAGUACAACACAACUAGGGUGUAAAAGACAACUGAAGAUUGCUUCAGAAUAGUGCAUCCGGGAUGAUUUUGAAUAUACAACAGUGACUUAUGAAAGUAUCAGCUCUGGAACUACAAGCUAGAGGUGUUCUGUACUCCAAUGAACUACUCCAAUUUCAUGGGGGAAAAAAACCAUCAGUCAAUAAGAAAAACUAAUGAAUGGCAAUAAGACCCUUGUUACUAUCAUUUAUUGUAAUCAUAUUUUCUUUUAUAUGGUUAUUUAUUUUGUUAUUUGAUUACAAAGAAAAGUUAUCCACUUUCAGGAACAAAUGAUUAAAUCAGGUAUUUAUCAAUUCAUAACCACUUCAACAGAAGUAUCAGUUGAAAACGUAUCUAAUGAUGUGGCAGAAGGUCACUCUGAGAAAUUGAUCUGCAUGUAUGUUUCUGAAUAUUUGAAUCAGCAAAAAAAGUUUGAGAUUCAUUGUAAAAAGCUUGCAUUCAUAAUUACUGCUAUUCCAAUCCAUUUCUUU